UCUGAUUUUAGGGUGGGCUGCAAUUAUUGGGCCAGGCCCAUGAGGAUCCGACCCGAACCGGCUUAUGAGUCAUGAAUGAGGGCAACCACAUAUCCAACGAGAAACCCUAGCAAGCAUUUCCGAAUCGAAGCUCCAGGAAGGACGAGUCGAGCGAAAAAAGACUGAAUUUUUUCAAUCUAAUUAGAAGCCCUAGUAUUCAAUUAAUCGCGAUGAAGAAGAAGAAUGAGGUAAAUUAUCAAAUACUUCUGCUCCAAAGAUACAAAAGGCGAUGAAGAAAUCCGUUGCUAAUACAAAAAAGGCUAAUCUUUUCAAUCAGAUUAUUACUAGCAGUAGAGGAGAUUCCAUCCAAAAGUUUAAUCACAUCUCCAAAGGGAAGAGCGUGUCAAAUAAUGCUAUAGAGCAGAUGGAUAUUGUUGAUCAGGCCAUGGGAAUCCAAUUCGAGGAGGACAUAGUUAUGGAGAUCCUCGCCAGGUUACCCGUGCGGUAUCUCUUUCAAUUCACAUGCGUUUCGAAAUUGUGGAAGGCAUCAAUCUCUGAUCCAUACUUUAAGAAGAAGCAUCUCAAUCAUGCCAAGAAUGACCGAAGUUCUCAAAAACUUCUUAUUAGCCCAAAGUGCAGGUUUAAGGAUCAUAUUUGUAGCUUCUAUUCUUCUUCUUUAUCGUCACUUCAAGUUGUUGUGGAUGAACAAACACUUUAUUGGCCUUCAAACCACAAACCAGUGGGUUCCACAAUCUACUGUUGUUGUGAUGGGUUGGUUCUUCUGGCAACUAUUGAUGGACUCGGUAGACACCUUUUGCUGUGGAACCCCUCCACAAGAGAAUCAAUAGAACUUCCCCAUCCAGAAUCUCCAUUUAAUGAUUGUGUAUGCGGGAUUGGAUAUGAUUCUACUAGUGACGACUAUAAGAUCGUUGCGAUUAACCUAGACGCGUGCAUCGAUCAGGAUGUAUCUGUUGAAAUUCUUGCGCUAAAAAGUGGUUCUUGGAGAAAAAUUUGUAAAUAUCCUAUUGGUAUCCACCGUGUAUCGGGUGGUGCUAUGGAUUGUGGUAUGGAUUCUUUGGCAUUUGUACAUGGAGCAUUUCAUUGGGUUGGUUUAUCACGAUGUUCUACUAUCAUUUCACUUAAUAUUUCAAGUGAGGUGUACGGAGAGAUACCCUUGAUAGAGCAAAUGUGCAAUACAUACAACGCCAAGUUCAUCGACCAGGGCGUUUUAGUAUUGGGAGGAAUGCUUUGUUUUUAUUAUACAUAUUACAGAUUUAGUAGGUACGUCCCUUUUAAGUUGUGGGUAAUGAAAGACUAUGGUGUCAAGGAAUCUUGGACUGAAUUGCAUACAAUACAAGGCUAUGACCUUUUUUUUUCAGCCAGACCGCUUUAUAUGUUUGCGGAUGGUGAAGUGUUGCUACGCUGCAGACAUUUUCAAUAUUUUGGUUCUGUAUAUAGGACAUCCAAAGGACCAUUUGAGGUCCCGCCUCAAUGUCCUACCUUUAUGAAAGGACUAGUUUAUACAGAGAGUUUGAUCUCUCCAAAAUCACUUAUUUGAUAUUUGAUUAUGUAUGACAGACGCUAUUUUCUUUUUUGAAGAUCUUGUAACAACCUCUUAUUCUAAUAAAUUCAUCUAUUGCUUGUUUUUUUUUUGAA